UGUUUAUUAGAUAGUAGAAACAAGCUACAUGCUUCAUAUUUUGGCUUUGCCAUGCAUACAGACUUCACUUAUCGAAAAAGUCAAAAAUCAUUUUCACUGGUACAAACGUUUUACUACAUACAGUACAUUUUGAUGGUGUUUGUUCACUUCCUUUGGUUUAGGGUCUAAUGGAGUCAACAGUGAGCAGUGAGGUCAUUCUGUCAGUUUACAUCAUUUCCUUCCUGAUAGGCCUGCCAGCGAACCUCCUGGCUCUCUGCGCCUUUAGCAUGAAGAUCCAUUCCAAGCCACGGCCAAUAAACAUCCUGCUCCUCAAUCUGACUGUGUCUGACCUGCUCUUCUUGAGCAUCCUUCCUUUCAAGAUGCAUGAAGCAGCAUCGGGCAUGAAAUGGAAUCUGCCCUACAUCUUAUGCUCCAUCACCUCUUUUACCUUCUUCUUCAGCAUCUUCACCAGCACCCUACUUCUGACAGCAGUCAGUGUGGUUCGCUACAUUGGAGUAGCUUUCCCAAUCAUCUAUCAACAGAUGCACAAACCUGUGUAUGCAAUAGUGAUCUCUGCUAUUAGCUGGUUAAUAUCAGCAGCGCAAUGCAGCAUCAUUGUUAUCACCCAGCACCACCCAUCCCUGUCCAGUCAAAACUCCAGUAUUUGCUAUGAGAACUUCACAGACAAGCAGUUGGAGGUCCUCCUCCCAGUACGUUUGGAGACUUUUUUUGUGUUCUGCUUUGUACCUCUUCUAAUUUGUGUUUACUGCUAUUUGCGCUGCAUCUGGAUCCUGUACAAUCGCCCCAGGAUAUCCUGUAUGCUGAAGCAGAAGGCCAUUGGCAUGGCCUUAGGGACACUAGCUGUGUUUCUCAUUUGUGUGGUGCCAUACAACCUCUCUCAUGUAGUGGGCUACUUCCAGGGUAAAAGCCCAUCCUGGAGGUACUACGUCUUGCUGCUCAGCACCUUCAACACCUGUCUUGAUCCCAUCAUCUUCUACUUUUCCUCCUCCACCUUCCACUGCACUGGAGAAAAGUCCAUUUUCAGGAAGCUUAGAGUCAAAGAUACAGAAAUACAACAAGUAAACAGUUCUGGCUAAGAAUAACACUGUUUUCAUAAUACUGCGUAUGGAUGUACAUAUCCAGCAUCAGAGUUUUUUCCAUAUUUCAGACAUUAUAUCACAGUGUACAUUUUUAAAGAAUGCUUUAAUAGUUGUUGUUACCUGAUCCAUGCCCAUUUCAUCAUUCUUUAUAUUUAUAAAGCCAUGUGUCAGACCCUUAACAUAUGAUAUAAUGUGACUGUGCUCAUUUUACUGUAGACCAUUUUAUGACAAAACCUCAAAACACUUUUUAUGCAUAUGCAAAAUUCCAAAUUUAUUAUUUUACAGCAAGUUCCAAA